CUGCGGCCGGGCAUUGCGAGUCCACGGCGGUUGCUCAGGCCAGUAACGCAGAUCCCAGAGAGGACCCUGGUUCAUCAGGAGGGUUUGCCCAAGCUGCCUGUGCCUCCCUUGAAACAAACGUGUGAGCGCUACCUGGCCAGUCUGGAACCCAUCGUCAGCAAGGAGGAGCUGGAACAUACCCAGCAGCUUGUGGAGGAGUUCAUUAAAGGGGGAGUUGGAGAACGGCUGCAGAAAGGACUGGAGAGACGGGCACGAAAGACAGAAAACUGGCUAUCAGAGUGGUGGAUGCAGUCGGCCUAUCUAGACUGCCGCAUGCCGGUGGCAGUCUACACCAGCCCUGGAGUUGUUCUGCCUCGAAUGCACUUCCAGGAUCGGCAGGGGCAGAUCAGGUUUGCUGCCAAACUAAUCGCGGGAGUUUUGGACUUUAAAAGGAUGAUUGACUCUGAGACUCUGCCUGUGGAGUAUUUGAGUGGGAAGCCACUGUGCAUGGACCAGUAUUAUCAGAUUUUGUCCUCCUGUCGUGUUCCUGGACCCAAGAGAGAUACGGUUUUACAUUAUAGUACUGGCCAAAAACCUCCCACUCACAUCACCGUGGUCCACAACUUUCAGUUCUUUGUCUUGGAUGUGUACAACAGUGAUGGCACUCCACUGACAGUGGAUCAGAUUUACAUGCAGCUGGAGAAGAUUUGGAAUUCUUCUUUGCAGUCGAACAAGGAGCCGAUUGGCAUUCUCACAUCACAGCAUCGUAAUACCUGGGGAAAGGCCUACAACAACCUGAUGAAGGAUAGGACAAAUAAGGAAUCUGUCCGGGCCAUUCAGAAAAGUAUCUUUACGGUCUGUUUGGACGCGCCGAUGCCUCGGGUAUCAGAUGAGCUUUAUCUGAGCCGCGUGGCUGGACAGAUGCUGCACGGAGGAGGACCACGCCGGAACAGUGGGAACCGCUGGUUUGAUAAGACACUGCAGGUCAGUCAGAAGGACAGUUUAACACCUGAAAUAACGAGCUGGGCUCUGGCACCGGCGGCGAAUUUGAAUGUACUUGCAAAUCAUCCUCAGUUCAUCAUCGGUGAAGACGGCACAUGUGGGCUGGUGUACGAGCACGCACCUGCCGAGGGUCCACCCAUUGUGUAUCUCAUCGAUUACGUUGUUAAUUACGUGAGAAAGACAGAUGUGGUCCGCUCCCCCAUGGUACCGUUGCCCAUGCCUCAGAAACUGCGAUUUAACAUCACACCUGAGAUCAAGAGAGACAUCGAGAAUGCCAAGCAGAACAUGAACAUGAUGGUACAGGACUUGGACGUGAAAGUCCUUGUGUUUUCUCAUUUUGGGAAAAAUGUGCCAAAGCUACAUAAGCUAAGUCCAGAUGCCUUUGUGCAAAUGGCUCUUCAACUUGCCUACUUCAGGAUGUAUUCAAUAUGCUGCUCUAUCUAUGAAAGUGCGUCUCUGAGAAUGUUUAAAUAUGGACGAACCGAUGUGAUCCGCUCAACCACUGUGGACUCGCUUCAGUUCAUCGAGGCAAUGCAAGACCCUGCUAAACAGAACUCGGAGAGGGUGGCAAUGCUGCGAAAGGCUGUUCAAACACAUGUGACAAACACUUACAACGCAAUUCAUGGCCAGGCAAUAGACAGGCAUCUUCUUGGGCUGAGGAUGCAGGGUAUUGAAGAUCUGACCUCUAUGCCUGAGAUAUUCAUGGAUACCUCUUAUGCGGUAGCUCAACACUUCAAUCUCUCCACCAGCCAGGUUGGCUGUAAGACAGACUGUGUAAUGUGCUUUGGACCGAUGGUGCCAGAUGGCUAUGGAGUGUGUUACAAUCCCAUGGAUGAGCACAUCAACAUUGCCAUCACAGCCUUCAACAGCUGUGAGGAGACAAACGCUGCCAACUUUUCUCAGAAUGUAGAGGACGCUCUCCUAGACAUGAGAGCUCUCCUGGAAGACACAGCCAUGGCCUGA